AUGACGAUGGGUGUUCCCCCAACAGCUGCACCGCGCGCGAAACGUCCGGCACACGCGUAUCAUACUGAUCUCCUCGAGACUACGCCGUCGAACCCGGUUCCUCUUCCUCCACAGCAGGCUUACUAUGCCGGCGGACAGCAACAGCCCGAGGUCGCUGCGGCGGCACCAGGACAACAACCUCAGGGGCAGUUUCCUGCGCCGGCGAGUGAGAUGUUUGUACCAGCCGUGCCCGAGAGUAGAGCGCAGUAUGAUGGUGUUCAAAGACCUGGUGCAGCAGGUAAGGCGAGAAUCGACUUCGACUCCCUCCCCUCCCUCCCCGACGAACAAGCCGAAGACCAAGCAAAAUUCCUCGCACAACCCUAUGGAACCCUCGAGCGCUCUGCACCACCCCUUGCAAGCACAGACUUUGCCGCUGUGGAUCAAGGGAAUGCGAACCCGAAGUUUGCGCGGUUGACGAUGACGAAUAUUCCUGCGACGGAUGCGUUGUUGGAGGGUACGCAUUUACCGUUUGGGAUGGUUAUUCAGCCCAUGGCGGCGUUGAGGCAUGAUGAGGAGUCCGUGCCGGUGUUGCAGCCUGCCGGGGGUCCGCCACGGUGUCGGAGGUGUAAGGCUUAUAUCAACGCUUUCUGUUCGUUCGUUGAGGGUGGAUCAAAGUGGGUGUGUAACAUGUGUUCGUUCCCGAACGACGUCGCGUCGGAGUACUUUGCGCCCGUCGACUUCACGGGACGGAGAAUGGAUAUUGAUCAGAGGCCGGAGCUGUGUAAGGGGAGUGUGGAGUUCGUUGUGGGCAAGGAGUAUUACAGUCGGGAGCCGGGGCCGUUGCACUACAUUUUCGCCAUUGAUGUUUCGGAGUCGGCGGUGAAGAAGGGGAUCCCGGAGUUGGCUGCUGAUGCGUUGCGAAGAACUCUCUAUGGUGGACCUGAGGUAGAGGGAACGAGGUUACCGGCCGGUGCGAAGGUUUCGAUCAUUACGUUUGACAGGACGCUGCAUUUUUACAAUUUGAGUCCGGGGUUGGAGCAGGCGCAGAUGAUGGUUAUGUCGGAGGUGGAGGAUGUGUUCGUGCCGUUGGCUGAGGGGAUGUUUGUGGAUCCUGUGGAGUCGCGGACGGUGAUUGAGUCGCUUCUGAACGUGAUCUCGAACAUGUUUAACAGCAUCAAGAUUCCUGAGCCGGCGUUCGCGUCCGUUAUCCAGGCUUCGCUUGCGGCGCUCGAGAAGUUGGGUGGUAAGCUCUCUGUGUUUCUCUCCACGUUGCCUACGUGGGGCCCGGGUCGUUUGAGGUUGCGCGAGGAGACGAAGUGGUACAACACGGAUAAGGAGAAGUUGAUGUUCGCGCCGCAGGAUCAGCUCUACACCCAGCUUGGGCAGAAGUGUGUGGAGACUGGUGUCGGUGUUGAUGUGUGGCUCUUCGGAAGUGGGUACAUGGACGUUGCUACCCUCGGUACUCUUUCGUCCAUGACUGGUGGUGAUACCUACUUUUACCCCAACUGGGUCGCCGAACGCGAUGGACCCAAGUUCUCCAGCGAGGUCGAGCAUAGCAUCAUCCGUGAAACUGGCUACCAAGCUCUCAUGCGUGUACGCUGCUCAAACGGCAUCCGCGUCACCCACCACCACGGGAACUUCUUCCAGCGGAACCCCUCUGAUCUCGAGUUCGGUACCGUGGACGCAGAUAAGGCUAUUGCGGUUAUGUUCAAGCAUGAUGGCAAAUUGGAGGAUGGACGCGAUGCGUACUUCCAGAGUGCGUUGUUAUAUACCACCGCGACGGGUGAAAGAAGGGUUAGGGUGCAUAAUGUGUGUGCCCAGAUCACCUCCAAAGCCAGUGAUAUCAUUCGCAUGGCGGACGCGGACGCGUGUGUUGCCGUCAUGGCUAAGGAAGCUGCUGCGGCGACCUACGAGAAGACAUUGGAGAACGUCCGUGCAGCACUUACGAAGAAGUGUAUCAAGAUCCUCGCUGCGUACCGAAAGAAUGUGUCGGGGUCUGCACCACCUGCACAGCUGGUCUUGCCGGAGACAUUUAAGUUGUUGCCGGUGCAGACAUUAGGAAUUUUGAAGUUGAGGGCGUUCAGGGGUGGGAUGGUUAGCAGUGAUAUGAGGGUCUAUGGGUUGAGGUUGGUGAGGGCAAUGGGUGUCAAGGACUUUGGGGCGUUUAUCUAUCCGAGAUUGUACGGGUUGCAUAGUAUGACUGACGAGGAUUGCUUCCCGGAUGAGAAUGGCGUGCUCAAGGUACCACAACCCGUACGACCAUCGUACUCGAAGCUCGACGAGGGAGGUGUAUAUCUGGCUGAGAACGGACAGAACAUGUUCUUGUGGUUCCACAGCCGGGUAUCACCAAACUUCCUCCGGGAUCUGUACGGCGAGAGUGUAUCAUCACUCAAGGAGUUGAACCCAACUACAAACGAGAUCCCCGAGCUCGAGAGCAGGCUGAACGUCCAGGUCCGCAACUUAAUCCGCUACAUCCAGUCGAGACAUAGCAGCAAGAGCCUCAGCCCCCUGAUGUCCCGCCAAGGCUUGGAUGGAUCAGAACACGAGUUCGCUAGCUGGUUGGUCGAGGACAGAAAUUGUGAGAAUAUGAACUACGUGGAUUACUUGUGCCACGUACACAAGCAUAUCCAGUUGGAGCUGAGUGGAGCGAAGAACGAGGACAGCAGCCCGAUCAUUGGGUUUUGGAGGGCGACGCAUUAG